AUGUUUUUAUCAAUAAAAAAGAUAGUAUAUUCCUUAAUCAUUUUUUCUAUUGGUUACCUAUUAAUAGGAUAUUUUGGCGACAACCAUACAAAGCAAUUUAAAGGCUAUUAUCAUGGUAACGUACGACGUUUAUUUUCUGUCUACAAAUUAGCAUGGCUAAUGGGUUACCUAUCCUAUUUAGCUCAUAUAUUUUUAUCGUCGUUUUUUAAUGAACCCUAUACAUAUGUAAAAUUUACCAGUACUUAUGGAAAGUUUUCUCAACGUAUCUUAAAUAGAUGGAAAAGUAGAAUGACAAAGUCUUGGACAAUUUUAUGUAUUAUGGCUAUGGGGUUGUAUUUCUUAUACUUUAUCAAUGACGAACAUACUUUUCUAUACCUUAUCUUUGGUUGGGCAAAUGGUUUGUGGGUACAUAUAUUUAUGUUUUCUUUUGGUUUUAUUGUUCUUACAAUACUCAGAAGUGGUAUGGAAAGAAUCCAUUAUCUUAAUGAAAUUUUUAAUUUUGUUUAUAAAUGCAAAUUUAUUAAAAAAUUUUGCACUGAUACUCAAUUCCAAGUUCUUUUUACAAUAGGUAUUAGUGUAAUAUUAUGUUGUAUACAAGGUAUUGCAGCAGAUAAAGUCUAUGUAAAACAUCAUACAUUAAAAAUAAAAAAUCUUCCAUCAGAAGCUGAAGGAUUAAAAUUUGCUUUGGUAACAGAUGUACACACAGGAGCAAUGGUUUACAAAAAUCAGGUUGCUAACAUAGUAGAGAAAGUCAAUGAUGAGAAUGUAGAUGCUAUAUUCCUAGUUGGUGAUAUUAUAGAUUCACCUUAUCAGUUAAUAAAAAAUAGAACAGAACCUAUGAAACAUUUUAAAUCAAAAUAUGGUACAUAUUUUGUUACUGGAAAUCAUGAAUAUUACUAUGGAAAUGUUCAAGAUUGGAUAGAUGCUUUUAGAAAUGAUUAUGGUUUUAAAAUUUUAGAAAAUGAAAUAACCGAUAUGAAAGGUAUAUGUCUUGUUGGUCUUCAUGAUAUCUCAGCAGCUAAAAAUAAUAUUACAAAUCACGUCAUGAAUGCUUCAAUAAUUAAUGAGUGUCCAGACACUAAACCUAUAAUUGUUUUGGCUCAUAAUCCAGCAGCAACUAAAGAAAUAAUUAAUAGUACACCGAACAAACCUGUUGAUCUCAUCCUUUCGGGACAUACACAUGCGGGACAAUAUUAUGUUAUGAUUCCUUAUAUUUUAGUAUUUUUACCCUAUUAUCAUGGAUUUUAUAAUGUAGGAAAUGACACCACAUUAUUUGUAAGUGCUGGAACACUUUAUCAAGCAGCUCCAAUGAAGAUGCCGUUUUUCUCGGAAAUACAUGUUUUUACACUUAAUAAAGAGUAA